AUGGAGGUCAACAAAAAGCGUCUUUCUGAAAUAUUUGGGGUCAGCGUGCGAACCAUUCAGAACUGGCAGGAUCAGGGAAUGCCUGUAGCACGUGGCGGUGGAAAAGGUAAUGAGGUCCUCUAUGAAUCUUCCGCGGCUAUCGAAUGGUAUUCCGCACGCGACGCGGCGAUUGAGAAUGAGAAAUUACGGAAGGAGGUGGAAGACCUUCGUCUUGCAUCGGAAUCCGACCUUCAGCCUGGUACGAUUGACUAUGAGCGUCACCGCCUCACCCGAGCGCAGGCAGAUGCCCAGGAACUAAAAAAUGCAAAAGAUUCCGCUGAGGUGGUGGAAACCGCAUUCUGCACGUUCGUGCUGUCGCGGAUGGCCGGAGAAGUAGCCAGCAUUCUUGAUGGAGUUCCUCUGUCGGUUCAGCGGCGCUUCCCGGAGCUGGAAAACCGACAUAUUGAUUUCCUCAAGAAGGACAUCAUUAAAGCCAUGAACAAAGCAGCUGCGCUGGAUGAAAUAAUACCGGGGUUGCUGAGUGAAUAUAUCGAACAGUCAGGUUAA